CAAUUCUGUACCAGUCGUAGUGUAGUCUCUCCGAAGUAAACUUGAAUUAUAGUAUGUUAACAGGAUUUUCCAGAAAAAUAUUUCAAUACCAAGUGCAGAUCGCAGAACUGCACUCCUUAUAUCCACAUCAUUUCAAAGAAUUUAGGCCUAGUUGAUGUUUUUCAUUUCAUGAAAAACAUUUACACUUCAAAAUAGUUCAAAUGUCAGAGGUUAGAGGAAUCAUCAAAUCAAUUUAUUCUGAUUUAUAAAAAUCAUUGAUUCUAAGCCAAUUUCUACAACAAAAAUGGCUGAUGAAAAAAGUGAAGAAAUUUCUAUCGGAACAAAGCUUCUGAUGGCUGGCACGGCAGCGUGUAUUGCCGACUUCGUCACUUUUCCUCUAGAUACGGCUAAAGUUCGUAUGCAGAUUUCUGGCGAAAGUCGUGCUAUUUUAAUGUCAUCAUCCGAAGGCUCAGUGUUGGCUGUAAAAGCAGUACAACCUGGAUUAAUUCAAACGAUAACAACAUUAGUAAAAAACGAAGGCUUCAGAAAAUUAUACGGAGGUCUAUCAGCAGGACUUCAAAGACAAAUGUGUUUUGCAAGUGUUCGUUUAGGGUUGUAUGAUUCAACGAAAAUAAUUUAUGCUGAUUUUUUCCAAGGUAAAUCCAACAAGGAGCAAGCGUUACAUGACGCACCGAUUGGCGCUGGUGUGCGAAUUUUAGCUGGUAUGACAACUGGCGCUUUAGCGGUAUUGUUAGCUCAACCUACUGAUGUUGUGAAAGUUCGGAUGCAAGCGGGAAACAGCUUGAAAUAUGCGUCAACGCUUCAGGCAUAUAAAAACAUUGCAGUGCACGAAGGAGUAAAGGGACUUUGGAGAGGAACUUUCCCAAAUGUGACGCGCAACGUGAUAAUAAAUGUUGCAGAAAUCGUUUGCUAUGACAUUGUAAAAGACGAAUUACUCAAAUCCGGUAUAUUUUCUAAUGGAGUACCAUGUCAUUUGACGGCAGCUAUAGUUGCUGGAUUUUGUGCUACGUUAACUGCUAGUCCAGUUGACGUAGUAAAGACACGAUACAUGAAUAGUAAACCGGGAGAAUACAAAAGUGGAAUAGAUACCGCAUUACGUAUGCUUCAUAAUGAAGGGCCAACUUGUUUCUAUAAAGGCUUUGUACCUAGUUUCACGAGAUUAGUAUCUUGGAAUAUUGUUCUGUGGCUCACGUAUGAACAAAUUCAGUUACACACAAAACAUUAGUCAGUAGAUUAAAAACCAAGUAUUUGUUCAUAUAAUAUUUUUCAAUCAAAUUAUAGAAAUCUAGAAAUAUGCUUAGUCGAACUAGUCGUUGCUUAAAAUCUUUCACUUGUUCAAUGAAAAAGUAUUUAGAAAAUUACACACAUUAGGUACAAUGUUAAUUUAGAAUUUUGUAUGAAAACUCGAUAAAAAAUUGUCUCUUUUCGAGAAACUCAUUUAUAUAGUUAUACGAUAAUUUAAAAUUGAAUCAUUAAAAUAUUUUAUUUUUAUAUUGUUAUAAAAUGAGUUUUGUUAUAAAAAAAAAGAACAUGCAUAUCAAUAAGUUAUUUUUUGCACCGAUAUAUUUUGAAGAACUAUAUGAAAAAUCUGAGGUUAACCAGUAAUCAUUAAUACAUAGUUUAUUUAAGAGUGUAUACUCAGAGUGAAAGAGCAGUUCCAUUACAUAAUGAUGAUGAUCGAAAUGAUGUUAUGUUGAUACUUAAAUUUAAAUUUUCAAUAACAAGAUGAAAUUUAAUAUUUCAA